AUGAGCAACGACACCACCACCGAGACACCCGCCCUCUGCCACUCAUCCGCCAGCCUCAGCUUUCGUUCGAGCUUUCGGCAGGCUCACCAGAGCAUGAAGCAACGCUCCGCAGGUCAGACUUUUCGGCUCGUGGGUACCGCGACUUCAACAUGGUGCAUGGGCGUGAAUAAUUUGCAUUACCGUCUGGAUGAGGUGAAUCCGGUGGGACUCGGGCGGAAAUCGCGGCAGAUUUUCGACGAGGUGUGGCGGAAGUUCUCAGGGUUAGGGCAAAUUUCGCGGACAACACGGACGGACGACGACGAGGCGGCGCUUCUCAUUAGGGAGGGCGGGCCAAUGUGCGAGUUCGCAGUUCCGGGGGCGCAGAACACAACCGUGCUGGUGGUCGGAGCCACCAGCCGAGUCGGCCGGAUUGUGGUUCGGAAGCUUAUGCUCAGGGGUUAUACAGUCAAGGCUUUAGUACGUAAAGCUGAUGAAGAUGUGGUGAACAUGCUGCCAACGUCGGUUGAGAUUCUAAUGGGAGAUGUUGGAGAGCCUUCAACUCUCAAGACAGCUAUGGAGGGCUGCAAUAAGAUUAUCUAUUGCGCGACAGCUCGCUCGUCAAUCACCGGGGAUCUCAACAGAGUCGACCAUCUUGGCGUUUAUAAUCUUACCAAAGCAUUUCAGGACUAUAACAAUAAGCUUGCGCAACUGCGUGCUGGGAAAAGCAGCAAAAGUAAGCUUUUGAUUGCGAAGUUCAAGUCUGAAGAUGCACUGAAUGGAUGGGAGGUCCGUCAAGGAACUUAUUUUCAGGAUGCUGCUGCCACCAAGUAUGAUGAAGGAAUGGAUGCUACAUUCGAGUUCACCGAAAGUGGAGAUGCAGUCUUCUCAGGAUAUGUUUUUACUAGAGGAGGCUACGUUGAACUAUCAAAGAAGAUUUCACUUCCUUUGGGCUAUACCCUCGACAGGUACGAGGGUCUAGUGUUCUCUGUUGGUGGAAAUGGUAGAUCGUAUGUAGUAAUUCUUGAAGCGGGUCCAUUGGCCGACACUUCACAAAGUAAAAUGUACUUUUCCAGGAUAAGCACAAAAGCUGGGUUUUGCAGGGUAAGGGUGCCAUUUUCAGCUUUUAGACCUGUGAAGCCAGAAGAUCCUCCACUAGAUCCAUUCCUUGUACAUACCUUGACUAUCCGAUUUGAGCCCAGGCGACUGAGACCAACCGAGGGACCUGUUGGCGGAAAACAAGACUUGAGAAGCUUCCAAUUAAUUUUGGAAUAUAUCAAAGCUUUGCCUACUGGGCAAGAAACGGAUUUCAUCUUAGUUUCAUGUACGGGAGCAGGAAUAGAGCCUACCAGAAGGGAGCAGGUUUUGAAGGCUAAGAAGGCUGGAGAAGAAUCACUGAAAAAAUCAGGCCUUGGGUACACAAUUAUUCGUCCUGGCCCCCUGGUGGAAGAACCAGGUGGCCAGCGAGCUCUGGUUUUCGACCAAGGAAACCGAAUAACUCAGGGAAUAAGCUGUGCAGAUGUUGCUGAUAUAUGCGUCAAAGCAUUGCAUGAUGCAACAGCCAGAAAUAAGAGUUUUGACGUGUGUUACGAGUAUGUAGCCGAACCUGGAAAGGAGCUGUACGAGCUGGUGGCUCACUUACCUGACAAAGCAAACAAUUAUCUGACUCCGGCCCUCUCGGUUCUUGAGAAGAAUACGUGA